AUGGGGGACAGACAGGAAGUAUCAAUUGUAAACUCGUUAAAGACGUUCAAGGACGUUGCACAACUGUCCAAAACAAAAUUAAAACAUAUCGCUAAAAGUUUGGACAUUGACGUUGAAAAGUCGUUUGGAAAGAAAGCCAUACUUAAUCUUGUCUGUAAUGGUUUAAACAUAUCAACUUCGUCUACGAGUUCGUCUGUGCCGUUGCCCCAACCUGCUGAAGACCAAAGCUUACCGUCGAUAAGGCAGCUACAGAAACUAAAAAACUGGAGCAAGAGUCUCACUGGUUUACCGCAAGUUGUGGACGAGUCCAUGGUAAAGACCUUUUUAGUUGGAGCGGGUUAUACCAAAGCGGACGUCAAGAAAUACAAAACCCUUCGUGCUUGGGAGCACAAACAAGGAGUUCACUCUUUAAAGGUUCAUUCAUUACCAGAGUAUGAAAAUAUGUGGGUUUUAAGAGGUUGUUGCAACCCAUCAUUCUCCACCGAUCCAGAAGAAAUGAAGACGAUGUAUGUUGUCAUGCACAUGGAGACCAGCAAGCCAUUAUUUGCAUAUUGUACCUGCACAGUUGGUUUGCGAGGUAAUUGCAGCCAUGUUGGUGCUUUGUUGUUUGUCUUGGCUGACAUUAUUGCAGAAGGAAAAGUGCAAAUCCCUUCAGACCCUACUUGUACGGACUUACCUUGCUCAUGGACAGAACCUAAAGGUGCCAAAGUAAAACCAGCAAUGGUUGAAAAUAUAAAUUUACAAAGCUAA